UGUGUAUUAUCUCUCGAGUAGGUUAAUAUUUUGCAGCAAAGUUUAUUUUAAUUUUGAAAUAAGUCUCAACACAAGAAUGCUUAUGGCAGUACUAGGGUUGACAGUGGUCAGUGCAAAUGUGUUGGUUUGCAAAGUUGACAAUGUGGUGCAGCCCUAUGAUACAGAAACGCAUGUUUGCUGUUCGCGUUUGCACCUAAAGCAUCAAAAUGGCACUGAGUUCCGGUGUUGCUCAGGAAAUAUCUUAUACAAUAGUGGCACACACAUUUGCUGUGGUUCAGCAAUUUACGAAGGACUUGAUAGCGGACUGUGCUGCAAUGGGACCAUGCAUGACAUGAAAGACACAGAUGGACACAAUCUUUUAGCAUGCUGCGGAAACCAAGUUUUCUUUCGCGGGACUGGAAUUUGUUGUGAUGGGCAAUUCACGCGAAGUCCUAACCGCACGACCAGAAUGGAAUGUCGUGGUGGCAAAGGUGUCAUUAAACAGGAAAUACGCUUGCCGUUGACAAAAGUAAAUGGAGGCCAGCCGCGAGAGCACGACAAACACGACUGCAGAACAGCUAAAACGUGUCGGAAUGAUGUCAUGCUCGAUGAAUUCCUCCCCAAGGGCUCUGCAAUUAAACCAGGCAUGCGGGUUUUGGACGGCGUGAAACAAUGUGGUCAGGUUGUUUACCCUAUUAAAAGUUCAAAAUUCCGUUACCACUGCUGCGACGAUGACUUUUAUAAGACAAAACACCUUGAUCCUAAAGCAACCUUCACCUGGGAAUGUUGUGGUAAAAGUCUCUACAACACCUCCAGCCAUGAAUGUUGCGGGGGCAAACUGAUUAAUACCAGCCUGCAACCCAUUGGUUGCUGCAAUGGCGCACUGGAAUAUAUCAAAUCCUACCAGCGUUGUUGCGGAGGCAAGGUAGUUAACAAAAAGGAAUACCUGUGCCAUAAACCCGUGAAAAGUAGUUCUGGAACUCUUGUCCGGAAACAAGCCGAGGACCACAACAAUACCUGCUAUGACAGCGCAACUAACACGAUAAACACAUUUAAUGAUGCAAAAUUGGUCUGUCACAAAGGUCAGUUGAUUUCACCAGACGAGGAUACCGAAACUAAAGACAAAUAUCUUUUGAAAGCAAUGCAAGAGAAUAUUGGUAAAUGGGGCGGAAAUAACCAUGCAUCAAAGACGCUGCGUGACGCAAGCCCGCUGUGUCCUUUCACAGAGUGUGAUACGGGCAUGUACAACAGGACAAGCGAAUGUAGGAAAAGAGCACGACUGGACUUCUUUCUGCGCAAAAUGACGAAGCACAAUGGACGCCUGGUGUUGUCUGUCAUCGUCACCUCACCGUCUAAAUUGUAUGGUACCCUAAUAACGCUUAACACUUUUGAAGAAUGUAAAUAUAUCUGUUUUGCAAAGGGCAUUUUGUAUUCGUUAUACACCAAUCGUUUACCUGAAAACUUACCCAUCAAAGCAGCUCGACUUUCAACUAGGGACAUUGUGGUGAAGACACACAAUACCUCGAUUUCGUGUACAAUAGAUCAAUGGGCAAAGCGAACUGAAAAAAGCCCAUGAACUUGGUUUCAGUGGCGCAUUUGUACUAUAACAUUAAAAAGUAAUUUGCGUAACAUUUAUCUCAAUGAUGUCUCGAUCGAAUACCAGUUAUGCUUCUCACCAAACGAAAUGUUAAAUCUUUUAAAAUAGUUCAUUAUCCUAGUUUUAGGAAAUUUUGAUAUAUUAUUGUUGGAUGGAUAUUUAAUCUAUCAUUUAAGGCAUAUGCUGCUCAACUAUACAUAAUUUUGACUUAAGAACUUUAAUUUUUAUUUUUGCUUAAGAUGGAGGGGGUAUGAAACAAUACUUUAAUUAGUAUUUUCGGGCAUCAAUAAUCAUGACAGUGCUCAACUAACUGACAGUCUGAAUAAAUGUAGAACGGAAAACAUGCAUGUAUAUAUUUCAUUUUAAACGUAUUAUACAUUGUGGACAUUGCUAAAAAUAUAUAAAUGUGGUUUGAUAUUGGCAGCUUAUACCUUUACAUGUCGUAAUGUGAUAAUAAUAUUGACUUAUGGAUAUUAUUGCGUAAAUGACUUUUCUUCCAUUGACAUUCCAUGACCGAUUAGUUUAAGGGUGCACUUUGAAAAAUGUACGUUCUAACAUUUUGUUGCUAAUUGCAGCCUAUUACUGAAUGUUUUUUAAGUUAGGUAAAUGGGAAUUCAUGUAAACCUGCUUUUAUCCCUACACAAAACAAUUAUAUACUUGGAUAAAUACUUCAAUAAAAUCACCUCAAAAUGAUGAGAAUCCAUUAACUGUUCUAGAGUAAUGUUCCACUAUAAUACUGGUAAAAAAUGUCCUCUUUUCAGUGUAAAAUAAAUAAUAUUUUUAAUUAAUGUGCAGGUUCGUCCUUAACAUAGCUGUUAUUCGAUUUGUCAGGCAUUACCAUACUUCACUAGUGUUAUAUUGUUAAUGCAUGUUCAAAGGAUUGUUGUGUGUACACAGCUUCACCGCCAUUGAUACUUCCUCACAAAACUAAGUUCGUACGUUAAUAGAUAUCCCAAUUUCCUGCCACUUGUAUACUAGAUAUAUGUUAGAAGAUCUCUUAAUAUCUUGCCAGAUUUAUACUUGGUAUGUGUUAGAAUUUGUAGUAGCAUGCCUUGAUCAUAACAUUUAUUUGCAUUUAACCGAUAUAAGCAGUAUAUUCCACUUGAAAAAAAUGAUUGAAAUUAUUCUGUUCUCUGUCAACAUGUAUACAAUUAUUUAAAACUCACAUGUUUCUGAGUUUAGUAUUUGAUAACUAUAAUUAGUGUUCUCUUUAUUUAAAGGGUACGAAUGUGUGUGUGAACAGAUUCACACAUAUCAGGCAAAAUAUAAUGCCAGCAUGAACACAUCUAUAAAACGGUAGUGUUCAAGUAGAGAGUCGUAUGUUUGGGGUAGGAAUCGUUUUCUUUUUUAUUUCAGUAUGUGUGUACCUUGUUUUUACCAUGUUUAAAAAAUACAAAAUGCUUUGUUUGAAGUAGCGUUAAUACUUGGUUUUAGAUUGUACUCUCUCAUAACGUUUAAAAUGACGGUCAAUUCAAUUAAGCUCCUGUUACUUUGGUUUGCAUUUAUCCAUUUUGCAUUGAGUAAACAACAGCUGGUCAUUAAAUGGAAAUGUGAACAUUUAUAAUUUGUAUUUUAUUUAAUCAUUUGAGAUGUUAUGAUGGUAUUUUAUUUGCGUUGUAAUGUUUUUUGAAUAAUUAUCUGCGAGCCAUAGCUCCAUAAACACGUUAACCUUCCUCACGAUUGGCAUUGACAAAUUAAAAGUUUAGCUCAGUAUGGUGUGGUUGCUGUGUGCCUUUUUACCGUCUAAAGUUUUUGUUAUACUCAUUUGUGGGAUUGGGUGGUAAAUGUUUUAUAUUUUACAAGAUUAUACAGGUCACACACUGAUUAUAUUGCAUUAACAGGAGGGCUUAUAUUUAUACAUUGUGUAGUUUGUUUAUAUGUUGAUGAAUGUGACAUCACAAGCAGCUGUAAAUCGUAUUUGCAUAUUUCAUGGAUAUUUUUUAGAACGCAUUACUGAGGUGUAUAUAAUCCAUAGUAAACUAUGUUACCACUGAAUAUAUAAUAAAUAUGUUGCUCAAUAAAUAAUUGUUUUAAGGUUAUUAUUUAAUGUUGUUCUUGUAAAAAUGUAACAAUUUAUAUUUUGUUUCAUUCCUAUAACUUGUACAACUUUUAAAAGGAAAUAUUCGAAGUUGUUUUAUAUAACGAAUUUAAAUCUUGUUUGUCUUUUUUAUGUGAUGAUAAUAGAAAUAUAUUUAAUAUUGACAAAUAACUCGUGCUUUGCAGAUAACCCUGCCGCUGGUAAGAUAUCGGGGUAUAUUGCUUUGCAUAUGUCCGUCGUUCCUACGAUUCUAAGAUCAUUCGUUUCUGCAUAAUAUCCGAAGAACGCUUUGACUUUCCAUGCAAAUUGGUAGGAUUGUUUCUUGGGAGAAUAGUUAGACGUCUAUAGAUUUUGAAAUCAAAAGAUCAAAUUUAAUAUCACAUGUGCUUGUAAUAUGACUGUAUAUAGGUCUAAAAAUGUGUUUGAGGACCGGUUGUUGGGAAGACUUUCAAUUAUGCCAAAACACUAAAUGAUUAUUCGACAUUGUUUGGAUAGAUUACGGUACUGCGUUAAUUAAAUGUGUUCAUAAAAAUAUGAGCGUCCUAGACAGUGUCUGCAAAUAAACCUGUUCUAGUUAUUUUGCGUUAUAAUACGUCAUGACUGCCUGAUUUGUAUCUAUACGGGAGAUACAUUAUGCCUAAGUUAUGCAUUUUGAGGGGAAGGUGGCAUAGAGGGGAAUGUGGCAUCAUUGUUUUACAAAUAGUUCUUGUUUGUGAUUUUUAUAUGUUGUGUAUUUAUACUAUUGACUUAAGUAUGUAUUAUUAUAUUGUCCACUGUCGACUUAUGUAUGUAUUAUUAUAUUGUCUGUUUAUUGGUUAGUAUAUUGAUGAAAUUAAUAUCAUUGGGGCACCGGUUUCUAUUUUGGUGAACCUAUGCAUUUUUCAACAUUUAGCUGUAACCUGUAAUGACGUAUGACAUCAUAUGCAAACAAAAUGGUUAGAUUAAAGAACGCACGUUACACGUUCACUGAAACUUGUGGCUAAAACAGAUACCUAGACGAAACUGCCCAAUUUGUUAAAAUAAAACAGUUAAACGCGU